AUGUCCUUGCCUCCCCUGGCCAAGCCAGAGAAAGGGGAAGUCCUAUAUUUGUACUUGGGUAUCUCGCAAGCCGCGAUCAGUUCCGUGCUGGUCCGGGAUGACGCGAGAGUACAACGACCCGUGUAUUACGUGAGCAGGGCCCUACGGGGGGCAGAGCUCCGAUACUCUCCAACAGAGAAGGCCAUAUUCGCUGUCGACGCCACAGCAAAAAUGUUAAACCAUUAUUUUCAGGCUCACCCAGUGCACGUACUCACGAACCUACCGCUGGAGGCGGUGCUAAGGCGCGCAGGGUCGGCAAGCCGACUCGUGAAGUGGUCUUUGAGGCUCAGCCAAUUUGACAUCCAUUUCAAGCCCAGACCAACCAUCAAAGGGCAGGCCCUCGCAGACUUCAUAGUCGAGUGCACUGCCCGCGACGCCACAGAGCAGGCAAAGAACGAGGAGGAAGAGUGGUGGACCCUAUCAACUGACGGGUCCUCGAGUAGCAAGGCAUGUGGAGGAGGGGUCGUCUUGGUAACCCCGGAAGGCUUCCGGGCAUAUUACGCCCUCCGUUUCCAUUUUAAAUUAUCAAACAACGAGGCCGAGUACGAGGCGCUGCUGUGCGGACUCCAACUCGCAGUGAGCAUGAAGGUCGAAAAGUUGAAGAUUCGGUGCGACUCCAGGCUCGUGGUCGGCCAAGUGUCCGGCGAGUUUGAAGCGAACGAGGAGAGGAUGAUCCGGUACCGCGACGUGGUGCUCCGGGUCUUGGGGCAAAUCGCCCAACACGAAAUUUUGCAAGUACCAAGAGAGCAAAACGCAGAAGAUGAUACGCUCUCCAAGCUUAGCCAGGCUACCCCAGAAUACAUCUCGAAAAUUGCAAGGAUAGAGGACCUCCAUAAGUCUAGCUUGGAGGCAUAUCCGGUCAUGCCCGUGCAAAGCUGUCCGCCUUGUUGGUUGGACCAUCUCGUGCAGUACAAGAGGACGGGCACCCUACCCCCGGAUGAGGCCGACGCUAAGGCAGCCAAGAGACGCGCCCCGACAUACGAGCUUAUCGGGGACAUCCUAUACAAGAGGUCCUAUAACGAGGCGCUGCUAAGGUGUUUAUACCCAGAUGAAGCUCGGGCUCUCAUCGAGGAAAUUCACGAAGGAACUUGCGCAGCCCAUCAAGGAGCGUAUACCAUGGCCCGGAGAGCCAUACUUUACGGCUACUUCUGGCCGGGGAUGGCGAAGGAAUGUGCGGAUUACGCACGGAGCUGCCCGACUUGCUAA